AUGAAGUGUUCCCUUGUUCUGACAGUGCUGCUGUCCUUAUUAGUGGCAAAGCUAUGUCGUGGUUACUGUAUUGAGUCUCUGGAGCAACAGAUGCCCAGCGGAGUGCAAACAAAGAAGAACCCAGAACUCUAUAAGCUGCCACUAUCCUUGCUCCGACGAUUGUAUGGUGGCCAAGGGAUAUCCUAUGAGGCACUGCUCAGGCUGUCAGGCAAAGAAGAAAUCAAUCCCCAGACUCUUGCCUCUUCCCAGAAACGAGACAUGCAUGAUUUCUUCGUUGGACUGAUGGGCAAAAGGACCAUAGAGCCAGGAAUGGCUAUCUCUGCCGACCACCACAAGAUUAUUGUAAUGGAAAUUUGA